UGAAACCUAUUGUCUCUUCUUCCUUUCAAAGUCCAAUUUCUCUCUCUCUCUAGAUCUUCUAUAUAUCUCUAUACAAAACUAUAUCAUUCACUAGAAAAAACACAACAAAAAAAACUCUGAUCUUAUAUUAGCCACUAUUAUAUAGUUUGAAAAUUCAUUAUAUUCAACACACACAAAAAGAAAAUGAUUCCAAAUCCUCAAAAAUCAUCAAUUUUACUCCAAAGAAUCACUUCCAACACUCCUUGUAAUUGUAACAAACAAUCGCUACAGCACCACACACCCAUACCAUGCACCGCAGAUAUACCAGAUUCCGUCGUCAAAUAUCACGCGCAUCUUGUGGGACCCUACCAGUGCUGCUCCGCUGCGAUCCAGCGGAUCUCAGCACCGGUAUCCACCGUAUGGUCCGUCGUCCGUCGAUUCGACAACCCUCAAGCGUAUAAACACUUCAUCAAGAGCUGCCACCUCAUCGACGGAGACGGUAACGUAGGCACUCUUCGUGAAGUCCGAGUUAUCUCCGGGCUGCCAGCUGUCAACAGCACGGAGAGACUCGAAAUACUUGACGAAGAGCGCCACGUUAUUAGUUUUAGCGUAGUCGGUGGGGACCACCGACUCGCGAAUUAUAAAUCUGUUACUACUUUACAUCCAGAACCGUUUGGUAAUGGAACGAUCGUUGUGGAAUCGUACGUUGUUGAUAUACCAAAGGGGAAUACGAAAGAUGAAACGUGUGUUUUUGUUGAUACUAUUGUAAAAUGUAAUCUUCUAUCACUGAAACAGAUCGCGGAGAAUUUAAAGUAAGAUAGAAAUAUUUCGUAAAAUUAAUUGAGCUGGGUUAAUGAUACUGUAUCGAAUUUCUUUUUUUUUUAGGAUAUGAUGAUUUGAAGAAUCGUUGCACCUUUUUAGCUAAUGUUGUUCAUCACUUGUUUGAAGAUAAAUUCAUGGUUAGAAUUAAUUUCUUUA